UCUCAUUUCUUUAAAUACAGAACGUCUUCCUUAAGCAAACACCGAAAACCUAAAUAUUGAAGAAAAAAAAAUGGCGAAAGCUCCAAGGUUGAAGAUAACAGUGAUAAACUUGCUAUGUUUGGUGGUGCUCUGCGGGGCAACUGAAUCGCCACAGUACGAGGUGGUACACGCUGAAUCCGAUUUCGAAAUCAGACACUACCGGGACGCCACGUGGAUGUCUGCAACCGUUAACGAACUUUCCUUCCAAAAAGCCACCUUAUUUGGGUUUCACAGAUUAUUCCAGUUUAUACAAGGUGCGAAUCUGAAUUAUUCUCGGGUAGCCAUGACAGCGCCGGUGGUGACGAGCCUAGUCCCGGGAGCUGGGCCACUUCACUCAUCAGCCUAUGUUGUCCGAUUUUACUUGCCUGCCAAGUUCCAGGACAGUCCACCAACCCCACUUCCGGAGCUAAACCUGAAACCUUACGCAUGGGAUUCUCACUAUGUUGCUGUGAGAAAGUUCUCAGGAUUUGCUACGGAUGAUAUUGUGGUCAAACAGGCUGCGAAGCUGGCUACUAGUCUGAGCUUGUCUCCAUGGGCUAACGCUACAUCUGCUACACAUUACACUUACUCUAUUGCUCAGUAUGAUCCUCCCUUCAGGUUUUUUGGCCGGACCAAUGAAGUGUGGGUGGAUGUUGAUGCCUCUCGUUUUGCUGGAAAAGCAUCCUUUUGAAACAUCGCUUGCCUUUGUCUUCUGUAUCAAUGUGAUCACCGUUUUGCAUGAAGAUAGUAAGAUGGCAAAGGUACCCCGACAUUGGAAACCUUCCUGCCCAGCAUGGGAAGCUUUAUUUGGGUGCAAUGCACAACAAGGAAAAGGGAGAGUAGCAGAACUAAAAGGAAAACUGUAGAUGACAUCUUUAAGUUUCUUAUAGUUGAAAUGCUUGCAAAAGCUUCCCUAGUAUCUAGCUGAUAGACUAGUGCAGCACCUAAUGUCCAUGAAAGGUCGCCUGGGCCAAAUACAAUCUCUGCAUUGCCAAGGCAUAGAGCAUCUUCAAUAACUGAUGCCACAUAAGACACCCGAAAACAAUAAUAUCCAGCAUACUUUUGUCUUUGGAAAUCAA